GGAACAAGAAGAAUAUACCAGAUUUUUCAGCAGUGCCAUAUCCAGAUUCCUAAAAUAAGAUACAAGAAAUCCAAUCAGGUAGAUAAAUGACAAUGGAACCAAAGAUCACCUUAUAUAAAGAACCUAACUUUGCAGGCGAUUUUAAAGUAUUAUCGGAGGGUUGUGAAAAAUUGGUAGAUGUAGGAUUUCCUGAUGGUGCAUCAAGUGUCAAGGUGGAAAGUGGAGUAUGGAUAUUGUACAAAAAUGAAGACUACAAAGGGGAUAUCUGUGUAGUUAUAGAUAAAGGACAGGAGACCAAAUGUUCUAUAUCCUCAUUAAAGCCUUUAGAGAAUGCAGAAGUCGAUUUAUCUGUGCAUCCAAAGUGUACGAUUUAUCAGCAUCAUUUUACUGGAAGGUCAUCUACUCAUACACAGGAUGCUUCAAACCUGGGAAACUUGAACAAUGAUGCAUCUUCCAUAAGAGUACAGAGUGGAGCAUGGGUUGCAUAUGAAGAUGGUAAUUUCGGCGGUAAACAGACACUGUUCCUGCGAGGAUACCAUAAACAUGAUACCUUUGCAAAGUGGUAUCCCGGAUAUGGAAAAUUUCCAAAUGACAGGUUUUCUUCGAUUAAAGCACUACCAAUUAAAAUUAAAAUAAAAAAGCAACCAAAGAUCUCCUUAUACAAAGAUCCUAAUCACACGGACACACUUAAAACAUUCACGACUGCUUCUGAUAACUUGGAUAAAAGUGUCCUUAUUGAAAGUGGAGUAUGGAUAUUGUACGAUCACGUCAACUAUGAAGGUGAUAUCAACGUAGUAAUGGAAGGGGACAAGUUGACUGACUUCAAAUAUUCCUCGAUAAAACCUUUGAAAUAUGAUUUCACGGAGGAUCCAAAGUGUACGAUCUUUGAACAUGAUUUAGACGUAGGCGAAGAUCACACAUUGACAGAGGAGGUUCAAAACUUGGAGAAAAAACAUAUGACAGACGUAUCUUCUAUAAGGGUACACAGUGGAGCGUGGGUUAGCUAUGAAGGAGCUGAUUUCAAGGGUAAACAGACACUGUUUCUACGAGGAGACCAUGAGGCUUCUACCUUUCAGCAAAAAAAUCCCGGAUAUGGAAAGUUUACAAACGACAAAUUUGUUUCACUUAAAGCCGUACAAAUUAAACCCAAGCUGCCAAUGAUCACCUUAUAUGAUCAACCAGAUUUUAUGGGAGUAUCUGAAACAUACACAAAGAAGCAGGAAGCCUUGAAAGUUGCAUCAAGUGUAAUUGUAGAAAGUGGAGUAUGGGUAUUGGAACCUACAGAAAAGUUUCCAGGGGACAUUUGUGUAAUGAUGGAAGGAGACAGGAUAAACUUUGUGCAGUACAAUAAAAACGAGAAGUUUCAUGACUUCAAAAGCUCUAAAUUCGCAAUAAAGCCAUUAGAAUACGAUUUCUCUGAAGAACCCAAGUGUACGAUUUACGAACAUCAUUUCGUCGGCAAGUCAUUAGAGUUGAAAGCAAACACUCCAGAUCUGCGACAUAAAAACAUGAACGAUAUAGUGUCAUCUAUUAUAGUACACAGUGGAGCAUGGAUUGGAUUUGAAGCUGUGAAUUUCCGUAGUUUUCAGACCCUGUAUCUUCCAGGAAAACAUGUACUUUCAUCCACAGAAGGAAAAUUUAGAAAUGACACACUUUCUUCUCUUAGAGCUAUACAAAUAGUUCCACCCGUGAUGCCUGUUAUUGUUGACAAAAUAGAGUUUCAUCUGGACCAAAGAAAACAUAAGGAAACCCCGGUCACUGUAUUUUCAUGGAGGCAGAAAAACAAUACAAACACUGACCAGAAGUUAUCGAUCACCAAGGACAAAUCUAUAAGAAGAGAAGAUACAUACGAGUUCCGCUGGAACCAAGGAACAAGGGUAUCAUUAAAUGUUUCGCACAAACUCUCUGUCCCCAAACCCGCCUUCGGAUUUAAAGGAGGACCGGAAACAACUAUUUCACUAGGAGUUGAAACGUGGUACGACAUUGGAUCGACAAAAGGAAAUAAAACCGCCAAAGAAGAGACCUGGAAAGUUCAUUAUCCGACAUCAAUAGCACCUAAAACUGAAUUAACGCUGACUUCGACCAUAACAGAAUCCAACUUGGAUGUUCCAUUCACAGCAAGUCUUCACCAAGGAGACAAGAAAUGGGAGGAGACAGGUACUUACUUUGGAGUACAGUACUUUGGUUUUGUUACAGAAUUCGACGAAAAAUUUGUCUAAACUAUUGCAGUGGAAUAUAAUGUUUUUCCAUUGAAACAACACAACUUUGUGUUUGCUUUUUGAAAGUAUUGACAUACUUAAUUUGCGUUUUGUUUAAUUAAUUCAUAAUAUUUCAAUUAAUCUUUGAUAUCUUUUAUUCUAUUGAUUAAUACCAUGUCGUCUUUGCUAAUUAAAAUGUGCUGUCUGUUUUUAAAAAUCAUCUUACAUUACCAUAAUGUUAUUACAUCCUUUUUUCAAAUACGACACACUCGUCGUCUUAACUGAGAUUUUCACUUUACAGCACAUCGUAUAUUAAGAUAAUUGAAAUCGCCUAUUAAUAAAUUGUUGUUGUAAAUGUUGGUAGGUGAUAGUCUGCCUUUCAACUACUAUGUAUACAGAAAGAAAAGAGGAAUACUAAUUGUAUCACAAAUAACAUUAAUAAGACUAAAUAAUUGGCCUGACAGAUUUUAUUCAUUAAUACAAAAAGUUUUUAUUUUAAAUUAUCAUCAAUACCCUAUUUCCCCUAUGUGAUCCACAUAACUAUGGCAACAUCUCAAGUCUUAGAUAUCCGCUAGUAUACCAAACAUAGUUUCGUAUUGAAAUUUAGAAGAUCAAAUCUAACCAAAAUUGGACCUUUUUGAAUCUUAUGAUUUGUGAAACCACAUUGAAGCACAUAAAAUAGGAAAGUAGCUAUAAACAGCCCAGUAGUCAGAACUUCUGUUAUCAUUGAUAUGGUCAUAAUUACAAAUAAACUGUUUACGAAACUUUGAAUUGUUCAAAAUACUAAGGAUUUUCUACCCCAGGAAUAAAUUACCAUAGUUGUAUUGGGCAAAACAUUCUUUAAUUUUGAGUCCUAAAUGCUCGUCAACACCGUUUUUCAUUUGGCCUAUUUAAAUUUUUGUUUCGAGCUAAAAUCAGCUGAAAGACAAUGAUGAGUCAUUUGUAAAUGAAACGAGCUUCUGGCGUACAAAAUUUUGAUCCUGUUAUCUAUGAUGCGUUUAUUUCUGAUGUGCCUCGUUUUGGUAGUAAUUAGUUACAUACAGAAACGUGAUAGUUACAAAGAGAGACUGCCACUAGGGAACAUGUUUUGAUGAAGGGUUUUUAAAAAUUCGUAAUUAAAGCCCUAUUAGUAAUCACCCUGAAAAAAAAUUGUCCCCGAAGUGCUUAGUCGAACAAUCUUAUCACUUAGCCACAGCUUAUAAUUGUUAAAGAGUGGUGAAAGACACCAGAGUGACUUUCAAACUCAUAAGUUGAAAAUAAUCUGACAACACCAUGGCAAAAAACCAAAAAAAAGAUCAAAAGAGACAUACAAUGAUACACAUGCGAAUGAUAUUAAUCUUUAAACUCGCAUAUUAAUCUGUACGAGCCAGAGGUUGAAUCGUGGUUCUUCAUAGUGAUAGUUUCACUUUGGUUUCAACCGAUCGAUACACUCUGCAUAAAACGUCUAGGUUAUUAAUAGUAAUUAUAGUUGAUUUGAAGGAUUUCAUUGAUAAAACUUGGUCAAAUCACUUCGAAAUUAAUAAAGUCCGAGGGAAUUUCUGUAAACAAUAUUUAUAAAAGACUGAUUCUUCAUAGCAGAACACUACAUAAAGAUACAUAUGAUUACUCCCAAUCAGUUCUACAUUGUUCCAAUGAACUGCACUAAAUGUAUGUCUAGAUAAAAAAAACCACUUACAUCAGUAUAACUAUUUUAACUGUGGAUGAUGAAACAUUCAUUGAAAAUUGCAACUUGAAGAACUUGUUAUUACUCAAAACUGGUUACUGUUCAUACUUUUGAUGAAAUAUGCUUCAAGUCUUAAACGCAUAUUUUGCUUGAUUAUUAUUUAAAUUUCUCAAUUGAGAUCUUUGUCAAUAUAACAACAAGCAGAAAAAUAAUAAAAGCUAUUACUACGCAC